GCUAAAAAUAUUGGCCUAACUGAAUGCCCUUCUUGAAAGGUGGCCGCUUGGCUAUAACCAGAACAAAGAAGUAUUUAGACUCUGGCCGCAUUAUUCUCAAUGACGCUGUCAAAAUAAUCGCUAUACACCAUGUUUCUGACGAAAACAUAUCGUCAGGCUGCAUGGAGUUUAUAAAGUGGUUUCUACCGCCACUGCAAUUCAAGAACCCAAAUGUUCAAAUUUUGACAUUCAAGAACAUUUGUCCAACUCCUUUCAUCCAAGUCUUUAUGGAAAACAAGGAGGAGCUAAUGGUCGACUGUUCAUUCCGAAAGAGCACAGAAAUAUAUGACCAUUUAAAGUCCAUCUUAAGCAAAACACAGGUGUCAACUGCCACACCGACACCCAAUGAAGAAUACCUAGACAACCCAGCCAAUUUCGGCACGAACUGUUCACGCCAGUGUAUUUGUGAGAUUUAUAGGCAAGUACCCUGUUCGUUCCAUGGUGGCCGCCCUCACCCUUGGCCUGGACUUGAACCACAACUUCCUGUUAUAGAAGGUCUAACGGACUCCAUUGUUGAGCCCGCCUGCAGUCCAUCUCGCGCUUAAUAUCCCUAUUCGGAAAUAUCUGAAUUUCAUCACCGGAAUGCUUACGACGUAGUUUGUUUGCAUAUCAUGUACAUACAAGAAAAUACAUCGAUUAACCGCUACCCUUUUUGUCUGUUUUAACCCGUUUUUUGCGGGUAGUAAUUGAUCUUAACCCUGGCUUUGGUCGAUUGGAUUGAUCACUGUUUUUCUACUAUUUAAUCGCC